CGGUCCGCCGCCCGCCAACUUCCGGUGCGGGGUGGGCGCGCGCUGGGUAACGACGAGCGGCACCGACGGUCGGCAGGUGGCGGGCGGCGGCGUGUGGAUGGAGGCCUCGGCCCCCGGCCGGGCGCGGCGGGGCAGGCGGCAGGCCCGGGCCGCGGGCUUCCCGCUCUUCCGGGCCGCGGUCCUCCUGCUUUGUGCCUUCGCAGCGCAGGCGCCCCCGGCAGUUGGGCAGCUGAUUCGACUACCAAGAGGUUUUCACUUGUCCAAAGAUGUGCUGAAAAUAGUGGGAUCACCAAACUCUCCAGUGAAGGUCUACGUCAUGCUCCACCAGAGGAGCCCCCACAUCCUGUGCGUGACCCGGCGGCUGCGGAACUCCGAGCUGAUAGACCCGCUGUUCCAGUGGCACGGGCCCGAGGGCAAGGUCAUCUCAGAAAACAGCACCACGCACAUCACGUCCACGGGCAGCCUGGUGUUCCAGGACUUCGAGGAGAGCAUGACCGGCGUCUACACGUGCUUCCUGGAGUACAAGCCCACGGUGGAGGAGGUGGUCAAGAACCUCCAGCUCAAGUUCAUCGUCUACGCGUACCGCGAGCCUCGUUUCUAUUACCAGUUCACAGCUCGGUACCACGCAGCUCCUUGCAACAGUGUCUAUAAUGUGUCUUUCGAGAAUAAACUUCUACAGAUCUUAAGCAAACUGGUCCAUGACCUUUCCUGUGAAGUUGCGUUGCUGAAGUCUGAAUGCCAUCAUGUUAAAAUGCAGAAAGCUGGUUUUCAAAAUGAAUUGUUUUUUAAAUUUGCAGUUUCAUGUGUGGAUACUGAAAAAGAACCCAAGCCGUGCGAGGACCUGAACUGCGACUACUCCAGGAGGCUGUCUAAGGCUAAGAACCUCAUAGAGAGGUUUUUCAACCAGCAAGUGACGGUCCUGGGCAGGCGCGCGGAGCCGCUGCCGGAGAUCUACUACAUCGAGGACACCCUGCAGAUGGUCUGGAUCAACCGCUGCUUCCCGGGCUACGGGAUCAACACCAUGAAGCACCCCAAGUGCCCCGAGUGCUGCGGUAGGUGCGCCGCCGCCGCCGCCGCGGUCCGGGCUCCGCUGCGUGUCAGGCGGAACCGCCGCGUCUGCGGGCCCCGGCAGAGCGGCCUCGCGCGGUAG